CAGACGUUAAAAUUGUGUCAAUCAAGAAGGUGGAAAUUGAAUUUUAUGCAAAGUUUAAAGUUUUUAGAGUCAUCUAAGAUUAUAUAUAUUAGUUAUUCAACAAAAUUAUAUAGGAUACGAAUAUCAUGAAAAAGCAAACAGUACGUGUCUCAUAUUCUAUUUUAAUUUAUCUAACGAUAUUCGCAAUAGGAUCGUUGGAGAUAAGUUAUGCCAACCGAUUAGUUUCGGAUAGCAAUGAAAUAUAUAAGAGAGACUUAAGACAGAAGAAAGAAUUAUCAUUGCAUAUAAAUACGACGGAGGAUUCAGAUAUGGAGGAGUAUAUCUUGGAAAUAGAUUGCGAGAGAUUCAAUGUAUCGUUCAAUUUUUCAAGUACAAUUAUAAAAGUAUUAGGAAAAGACUUCCUUAAUACUUCGUUCAUAACAUGUUUGAACUUUGAUGGAAAUCAAAUAGAAUCGGUUGAAUCUGGUGCUUUUGAUAAUCUACCAUCUCUAGAAUAUUUAAAUAUGGGAAGAAACUACAUUUCCUCUUUAUUUUCCUUUAACGGUCAUGAUAAUAUAAAAGUGUUGGUACUGGCAGGUCAAUCGAUAUCUUAUUAUGAUAUAAACUUGGAAAUUAUGGGAGAAUAUCCCGAACUUCGUUAUUUAGAUUUAAGUAGUAAUAAAAUAUCAUCGAUCAGAUGGCCCGUAAGUCAUCAGAACUCGUAUAAUCAGUUUAAUCGAAAAUCAGCAUUUCCUAAAUUAAAGCAUUUAGAUUUAUCUAAUAAUAAUCUUUAUCAAUUUUACAAUUACUAUGAUAAUUCUAUACUAUUCAACCAAAACAUAACGCAUCUCAAUCUGAGUAAUAAUUAUUUGACAAACGUCGAUCUACGUUAUUUUUCGAAUUUAAUUGAAUUAAGAUUAGAUAAUAAUAACAUAGAAGGUAUCAAUAAAUAUUGUUAUAAUAUAUAUGUAUGUAUAGAUGAAAUGCCAAGAUUGAAAUAUUUUUCUAUAUCCAAUAACAAAAUAAACAGUUUAGAUCAGUUUAUUUUUAAGAAUACACCUGAAUUAGUUACUUUGAAUCUUUCGAAUAACCAAUUAGCACAUAUUUUACCAAAAGUCUUCUAUGGCUUAGAUUUAUUAGAAAACCUAUAUUUAGAUCAUAACGAAUUAUCUUCAAUUAAUAGUUUAAGUCGUUUGUCAAACUUAUCCGUUUUAUAUGUCUCUCAUAAUAAUAUCCGGGAAAUAGGCUCUGAAGAUAUAAGCAACGCACGGAUUUUAAAAAAAUUGUAUUUAGAUCAUAAUAAAAUUGAAAAUAUUCAUAAAAAUACAUUUUCUGAAUUGGAAUCAUUAGAGGAACUAUAUUUAGAAAGUAAUAAUUUAGCUAAAUUACCGGUCGGAUGGGCUAAUAAUUUAAGAAAUCUACGUUAUCUCAAUUUGUCGAAUAACAAAUUUAUAUUAUUGGAAUCUUUAUCGCUAAUCGAAUCUCUGCCAGUAAUAAGGAUAGACUUAAUGAACAAUAACUUCAUUCAUAUGAAACCUGAAAAAUUGCGAAAUUUACCUGAAAAUGCGACCAUAUAUUUGAUUUCACUGUCGGAAGACAAUGAAUUAUCUAAAGAGGAUUUAUAAAUAACUAAAAUAUAAAAUAGUUUAUAUUUCUUCGAGUUCAUAUUGUAUUCAUAAUGUGGCAAUCAAGUACGUUUAUUACCCAUAUGGCUAUUAUUAGCAUGGGUUUCAUUCACGGUGUAUUUGCUACGACGAUAUCAAUUUAUUCGAAGAACUUCGAAGAAGAUCUUAGU